AUCAUUUAAUUCAUUUGUCAAAACCCUUCUUUAAACCCUAGACUCUGGAGACACGCCUAUACAUGCCCCGAAAGGAGGAGUUCUCUUCAGUGGGGAUGGAUGACCAGACUUCAGCCUCCGACGACGACCUAGUUUUGAAGGAAGAGGAGGAUAAUGAAGUGGAGGCGAGGGAAGCUACAAAUCUAGUUUUUAAAGCGACCUAUGAAGCUAAACUUAGGGAACUCUUACAUAAGAUCAAUUCAUUUGAGAUUAAGUUAUGUUCCGAUGCUACAAAGGAGUUUGUUAAGCUGCUCAAAGGUAAUUCUGGUGGUGAAUUGCUCCGACUAUAUGUACAGUCAACUUCAAAUUUCUCAGAACUUGUGGGAGCUUUGAAGCUUCGAGAGGGGAAACCUGGAAUGUCUUAUAUUUUAUCAUUAAUAUCUGUGAUUCUUAGUCAUCCUGAUGGAAAAUACAAGCCAAAUGAUAAAGAGAGAAUUGCUAUAAGUGUGGUUCUUGAUAAGUUUGCUCGAUCUUUUAUUGAGGAAAAGUUUGAAGUUGUAUAUAAGGAGUUGAAUAGUAAAGAAGGAAAGUGCCAAAAUGCAGCUCUUUUGCUAAUGGCUUCAAUUGUUAGGCGUGGGUCAGGUUUGGCUUCUGAGGUUGCUAAGAAGUUUGAUUUCAAACUUCAGGCAUUCUCCAAACUUGCAGAGUAUAAACUCAGGCAGAAUAACAAAAAAAGGAAGCACUCCACUAGAAGGGCUUUUGUUGAAUUUGCAAUGUCGUUUUUGGAGGUGGGGAAGCCAGGAUUACUGAGGUGGAUCCUACAGCAGAGAGAAAUGUUCUCUGGUGUUCUUCGUGGGCUUGAGAAUGAUGACAAUGAGACUGUUAUUUUUGUGUUGUCCACAUUGCGGGAUAAGAUUCUCACUGAACAGUCAUUGGUUUCCCCAGCUCUUAGAAGCGUUCUCUUUGGGAGUGUUGUUUUGGAACAGUUAGUUGGCAUUUCAGGAAUGCGAAAUGGACCCUCUGCAGAGUUGGCACACAAUGUGCUACUUAUGGUUUGUACUGAUCCUUGCAAUGGAUUGAUGCCGGAUUUCAAGAGACGCCCAACUCCAUUAAGGGGUAAUCCAAAGAGACUUUUGGAGCUCAUGAAGAAGCUAAAGGCAACAGAGAUCGACAAUCACAGAGACUUGCUUUUAGCUAUUGUUAGGGGUAGUCUGUCCUUUGGCUCAGCAUAUAUGGAGGAGUUCCCCUACAACCUUGAAGAUUAUGCAUCUCCUAGCUGGUUUUCUUCUGUUUCUCUGGCAGCAAAUUUGGUUUCCUCAAUGGCUGUUGGCGAUCCUUUUGGUUUCAUUGAUUUUCAGUCUAAUGAUCCACCUUGUUGUAAUAGUGUGCAUGUGCAGAAUAUCAUGACUAUUAUUUCUUCUCGUCCAUUGAGCCGAUCGGUAAUAAAUAAGGGAUUACUUCACUUAGAUUUUCUUGUGAAGAAUGGAACUUUAAGACUUCUUUUGGAGGCUCUGAAGUUGUUGGAUUCAUUCUUAAGGGCUACAAGCCUGUCUUGUACUAGGAAACAAAGGAUACGAAAGUGGGCAGUUCUUAAGCAGGAAAUCUGGAAUGAAAUUCGAACUCUGCUUCCUGAUCCACAAGUUUUGCUCUCUCUACUUUCUCCUUUAAGUAGCCUUGCCAGGUCUGACAAGUCAUGCUUGAAAAGAACAGCAGAUAAAGAAAUUUCUCUUCUUUGUUGCAAGAGAAGAAAGAAAUUGAAAAGAAAAGCUACAAUUGAGGAUACUGAUAUUAUUAUAGGUGGGAUAAAUUCACUUCCGGACAUUGCAUUGGCUGAGGAUGAUGAAAAUGUUGUGGAAUCACAAAUACCACAUGCAUCGGAUGGUACAAUGGAUUUUAUGAAUGUUAUAUCAGAAUUGUGGGGUUCUGACUUAUGUUCUGUGCCUGACACUACAUUAAAGGAUGCAGAGAUACUCUUCCAGUCUAAGCUUCUUGAUGCUCUAAAAAUAUAUCUUCUGAUAAUGCCCACUGCUUUGGAGGGAUCAUUUGAUUUUUUUAUGAAUCUUCACAACAAUCCUUCAGAAUUGCCAUUUAAUAUCCUUUACUCCCUGUUGCCUCUUCUAGUUGAGUACAUUAGAUGGUCUCCAGGGAGUGAAAUUACCGUCAGAACUCCACCACUGAUGUAUAAGCAUCUGCAGCCAUUUCUUAAUUUGCUAAUCUUUUCACCAAGUGGUGGCAUAAAGGCUCAAGCAUACAAGUUGACACAGGCAGCCAUGUCAAGUACUGGUGCAUUUGACAGAAACUUAAAUGAAAUAGUUGCAUGGAUCUUAUUUUUACCGGGUUACAGUGUAGUUAAAUUAUCUGUUGAGAUCAUUGGAACAGAAGUGCUGCAGAACUUGUCAACAGCUGCCAUCUCAUUUUUAUGUGAUGCCAUUUCUACCAUUGGGAAUAAUUUAUUUAGAUACUGGGAUGCAGUUAGGAACCAUACUUACCAUUUAAAUGAAUUUAAAGAUGUUUCACCUGAAUUCAGUCCUCUCGUCAUAUGUGUCUUACAGAAGUGUAUGAGGUUACUCAGUUCUGAAUCUGGAACCUUUUCAUUGCUGGAGAAGUCAAUGAUAUCUGUGUAUGUGUGCAAUACAUUGAAAUAUCUAUUGCAAACUCAGGUAGAUGCAAGGUUGUUAGCUGCUUUGAUUAGAUCAGUUUUGUCUGAGGGACUUCAGGAUCAAUGUUCUGUGGAGUGGCAGCCAUUGAAAAAUUUAUUGCUCUUUUCAGAGAGUAUAUUGCAUCAAAAGGCCUUCUGUUUUUUUCUCAUUGAUGAAAAAGAUGUGCCUGUUGAUAGUUCUUUUGUGAGAGCACUUGGUGAAGUAAGAAAAAUCUUAGAAAGUGGGCAUAGUGGGGAAAUAGCUGUAAUAAUGAAAGACUUUUUUUCUGCAAUUAUGUGUACAACUUCAGAUGGGCUACUAAUGAACUUUCCUACAGUUAUGACUAUUUCUCAGCAUCUUCAUAUUCCUCUGCCAUUCUUAUCCUCAGUAUUUUUUCACAAGCAAAAUUUUCUUGCUGGUGUUUUGAAGUUAUGGCCGCAAGUGUUCUUUCCUGGUCUAGAAAAGGCUGUUUCUAUGAUUGAUCCUCAAGGUGUAAACGAUGAUGUUUUUGCUCAAGAAACAAUACUUGAUGUGGAUUUUGAUGCCAGUGAAUUUGCAGCUGCUGUUGCAUUUGGUCUCUUUCUGAGGCAGGCACCUUUUCAUGUGCUUUUUCCUGCAAUAAUAAGCAGUGAUGGUCCUUGUUUAUCAGAGUCUUCAAAGAUAAAAGAUGUACUUAUGGCUAAACUAUCUGAGUGCACAAGUGAAUUUGUAGUUUCCUACUUGCGCCUUCUUCUAUUUUGGUUUUAUCAGAUACAAUUGUCAUAUAGAAUAAAACCAUUGCCGAUAUUGAGAGAAUUUGCUGAGAUAUGCUAUGUUCUUUUGAAGCACAUGCUUGCUCAACUAUCGGCUUUUAAGCCUGAUUCAGAGGAUCCUCCUUUGGCCAAAAUGAUACAAGAAGUGGCUGAAAUCAUCUUUUGUCAUCCUGCCGUGAAAGCAUCUUUGACAUAUCCUUUGAGCUGUGAUCAGAAUUUGGCUAACGAUGAUUUUUCAGAAGGAAACUCUAGGGACAAUUUACAGGCUUUUCUUAGUUUUUCUCAGCAGAGAAUUCAUCCAAUAGAUCAUCAUGUCUUGGAUAUGUUGACAACAACUUUUGACUACUUAUUAUCUUCUUUUACUGGGAAACAUUGUCUACUCAAAGUUGAAGAUGGUGUGAGCAAGCAACUUGUGAAGGCUUUCAAAAUCCCGAUACAGAAGAUAUAUCUGAAACUGAAGGACAAGUUUGACCUGUGCAUUAGGACUGAAGAUUAUUUGCCCCUUCUCCUUCCAUUUUAUGCUUUGCAUGCUUUAAUGCAGUUUACUUCUCCGUUUGAACUUUUUGAUUUAGUGCUUUGGAUAUUUGAUAGAUUUGAAUUGAAUGGUUUGACUAAUCAGAAAUCCUGUAUGACAUUUGCUUUUUCUAUUGCAUUUUGUAUUGCUGGUGAUGCUUUCAAAAUGUUAUCUAUUUAUUUGCAGCGGCCUGUAACAGCAAGAGCACUGUUUUAUACCUUUUGGGAAAUGGAAAAAAAGAUAUUGGAUAUUAACCUUAUUGAGGAAAUCUAUUUUAAAAUAUGCAAGUUUGCCACCAAUUUGAAAGUGGAUUUUGCAUAUAGUUGUUUGCUGGAAGCUGUCAGUGCUGUCUACAGGCAGAAGUACAUGCAGUGUGAUUUACUCGAUGCCUUAAGCUUGGUGUUAUCAAGGGUUAUUAUUAGCACUCCUGUAGAAAUUCUUUCUCACUGCAUUUAUGGCGCAAGCAAGACAAAAGCUAAGUUGUUGUCUCUUCUUGUUGACAUAAGCCCCCUGCAUCUGUCAGUCUUUGGGUACUUAUUCUUAGAAAUUUUGAAUGAAAAAGUCCAUCUUAAGGGCAACAAGGUGGAAGAGGCCUGUGAAACAUCGCUUUCAGAUGAGGACUUCAUGUUGCUGUUGCCGUCCGCAUUUUCAUACUUGACUACAGUUUUCAUGAAAUUUGAAAAGCAGUUCUACAAGCAGUUUACUAGCAUACCUUCAUUUUAUUCAAAAAUACUAUUAAGCGGCUUCCAUAAUUGGAAGAGCUUUGUAUCUGGAUAUGUAUUUCAGGAAAAUUAUGAUGAGUUCCUCCCCUCAUCUAUUGAAGAACUUGUCAAUCUGGUGGAUGCUAGCCUUCUUGGAAAGGCAAUUAAGAUGUUACAAUGCCACUUUGCCUUCAGUGGAGGCAUGAAAAUGAAGGAGAGAUUGAAGAUGUUCAGUUCCAUUCUCACCUGUUCUGAUGCACAUGAUCAGCUGCUAGACUGUGAUGUUGAUGAAACGGAAUUUUAUUCACUCAGCCAGUCACUAAACCUUAUCAACAGGGUUGUUGCAAAAAUUUCAUUGUGCCGAAUGAUGUUAUUUCCAGUCGAUAAUCACAUACUGUCUCCAAAAGAAGCAGAUGGGAACUCAAAAUCGAUCUCAUUGGACAUGUUGUCUAAUAAAGAGGGUCAAUCAAGAAUGCUGUUUAUAAAGAUUUUGGUCAGUACUUGGCGAUGUUUGGUUAAGAAAUUCCCGUCAGUCUCCAAUGGUUCCAGAGGAGAAAAGAGCUCCGGUUGUUUACAGUUGUUCAGAUACUUGGAAUUGUUCAUUUUGAGAACCGUUCUUGAAUUAACCACAGAGAUGCGUGGUGAUCUUGUCCAUUUGCAAGCCAUUCCUUUUCUUGAACAAUUGAUGAGAUCAUCUCUUCUCUUUAGGUUUGAGGAUCCCACAACAUUGGAUGUUCUUCGUAGUAUCCUAACUUUGCUGUCAGAGGGAAAAUUUUCAUCUGCUCUGUAUAUUCGGCUGCUUCUUGCCCAUUCUCAGUUUGAGUCUACCAUUUGCUCUUUUACAGAAUCUCAUAGUUCUCAGAGUGGUGCUCUUUUUAAGCCUAUGCCCAGCAUUCUGAGAUCACUUGACAUCACCCAUCCAAACAGCAACAAUGAUCUGCAAACAACUAAGCCUCAUUUGAAGCAGUUGGAAAUUGUUAAGUUACUUAGGACACUCAUUCAGUUGAAGCCUGAGUUGUCUGGUGGUUCUUCUGGAAAAGAAAGUGGAAUAAAUCUUAAAGAACUGCAUUUAUUGCUUUUGUCUUCUUACGGUGCAACUCUGAGUGAAAUUGACUUGGAGAUAUACAAUCUAAUGCAAGAGAUUGAAUCUAUCGAUAAGUCAGUCUCUGAAGAUCUUUCUGAAAUGGAUUACCUGUGGGGAAGUGCUGCUUUGAAAAUAAGAAAUGAACGAGCUUUGGACCAGGAUCUAUCUUCCAAUAUUAUGACUGAUACAGAAGCAUUUGAAGAACAUAGAAGAAGUCAAUUUAGGGAAAUCCUUCCUAUUGAUCCCAAGAAGUGUUUGGCAACAGUUCUUCAUUUUCCCUAUGACAGAAUUGCAAGUGAUGGGGGAUUAUUGUUAAGUAGGUUUGAACCAGAGAAUCUGAAGACUAUGCAUGUGAAAUAUUCUCCUCCUGUUGACAAAAUACAACGAUAUGAUCCUAUUUUCAUCCUUCGUUUCUCAAUUCAUAUUCUGUCCAUGGGUUAUAUUGAACCUGUGGAAUUUGCUGGUUUGGGCUUGCUUGCUGUUGCAUUUGUGAGCAUUUCUUCACCUGAUGUUGGGAUGAGAAAGUUGGGUUAUGAAUCUCUUGGGAGGUAUAAGAAUGCAUUAGAGGGAUGCCAAAAGAAAAAGGAUAUAAUGCGGCUUCGUCUUCUGUUGACAUACAUGCAAAAUGGAAUCAAAGAGCCAUGGCAGAAAAUUCCUUCCAUCCUAGCACUUUUUGCUGCAGAGUCUUCUUUGAUACUGUUGGAUCCUUCAAAUGAUCAUUAUACAACCUUAAGUAAGCAUUUGAUGCAUUCUUCCAAGGUGAACAUGAAGUGCAUACCAUUGUUUCAUACUUUGUUCCAGAGUAAUUCUGUUAACUUCAGAGCAGAGAGGCUGUGGAUUCUUCGUCUUGCAUGUGCUGGACUGAAUUUAAAUGAUGAUGCUGAAAUAUUUAUCAAUAAUUCCAUUCUUGAGACCCUACUGAGUUUUUAUGCUACACCUCUUGCAGAUAAUGAGUCAAAGGAACUGAUACUUCAGGUAGUGAAGAAGUCAGUCAAACUGCAUAGAAUGACUUAUCAUCUAGUUGAAGACUGUGGCCUGUUUCCAUGGUUAUCAUAUAUAAUCUCGAUCUCCAGUGGGCUGUUAGAUGAAAAGAACAGUUUUUCUACACUGCAGUUGGUUGUGGCCGUAAAGGUUGCAUCUGAUAUUAUUUCAUUCAGAGACAUCAACCAGUGGUUGCAAGACUGUGCUCUUGAGCAGCUAAUGGAACUUUCAUCUAAUCUGUACAAACUCCUAGUUGGUGGCUUGGAGUUGAUAAAGGAAAAUGUUUCAUUGAUUGAUUCAAUUCUACAGAUAAUGACGUUAACAUUGAAGAUAUCGCAGAAAAGGAAGAUUUAUCAACCUCAUUUUACUUUAUCGAUGGAGGGUUUAUUUCGAAUAUAUCAGACUCUAGAUGCAUGUGAUACUUCAAGAUCUAGUUCAAAUGCAGAGUUUGGGCUUCAAACCAUACUUAUGAGCACACCUCCAGUUGACAUUUUUUACAUGAAUAAGGAAAAGCUUUCAGGUUUCCUUAUGUGGGCACUUUCUACUGCCUUGAAGUCUGAUUCGCUGAAAAUAUUUCACCAUAAAGUCAGUCUGAUGAUCAUCUCAGAGGAAACACCAUCCGAUGAGACUUUGAUCUCAAAACUCUUACGUUGGCUUGUUGCUGCUGUCAUUCUUGGGAAGCUUUAUUGGAAGCUUAAUGAUGUAAAUUCCAAAUAUUCAGAAAAAUCAAGCUCAAAAUCGUUGCAGUCCUUUCUGGAAUAUGUAGAAAUGGCACACGGAGGAAGGAACAACUGUAAAUUUGACUGUGAAGAGGUAUUAGCUGCGACAAUAAUUUUCCUUCAACAGCUUAUUGGUUCAAAUAGCAGAGUGCUUUCUUCAGUUGUUUCUGCACUAUGUCUUUGUGGUCCUUUCAAACAUUCAGAUUUCAUGCAUGAUAAUGGAACUGCUAUGGUAUCACUGUUGUCAAAAGUUCGUUGCCCCACUGAAGCCAAUCCUGAAUGGAGAUGGUCAUUCUACCAACCUUGGAGGGAUCGUUCAUUAGAAAUGACUGAUAUAGAGAAGAUGGAUGAGCAUAAUGCUUGUCAAUCUCUGAUGGUGAUAAUGUCAAAUGUUCAUGGAAAGAAACCAUUAGAUUCAGAAGUUUUGUCAUGUCAAGUUAUAGGAAAUACUAAUGUCUUCGAAUGGGAGAGAAGUAUUAUUGAGAAGCCUAACUGAGGCAAAUAUAAUUCACUUUCAAAAGUAAAUGCAGUCAAAAUUUUGUGAGUCAA